CAAAAUCUAGCUGUUGUUUCUUUACCUUUACUAGUGGCAAAUUCAAUUUAGAUUAAUUAAAAUACUAACUGCGCUUCAAUCAAUGAGGGAAAGCAAAGUAAAAGCUGAAUUCAUCGAAGGAACGGAAUUCACGAUGAGUGCAUAUGACAUCAUUCAUCAACUUCCGAAUCUUCACAACAAUGCAUCCGUGAUCAGUCAGUCCACCAAUUCAUCCAGAACUGAUACUGCGCUUGAAUCAUCGUUUUCCGGAGAAAUUCCAUCAGCAGAGCGGGUGCAUCCAAAUGCGUCCGAAAACAUAAUCGAACCAUUCAAACAUUCUCAUGCAUUCUCACAUAAGAAUGCAUUCGAUUCUUCCGGUUUUUUCCAAAGGAGUGAUACCACUAGACCUAGUUUGUCAGGCAGAUCAUCUCAUGCUAUACCGAAAGCAUCACAUUCGAGUAAAGAUUCAGCCUUGGUCUUAGAUUCAGUAGUAGGGUCUCAAGAUCUCGCUACAUCGGCCGUGGCCUUCAUGAACGAAUCGUGUGUUUCAUUUUCCGAUGUCCUAUCUUCGACGCCACUUCCACAAUACGGAGACCCGAGAAAUUUAAAACCGUUGGAUUUAUCACUCUCUCGGAUUGAAGAAUCGCCCCUUGAUUAUUCCAUGCACGAGGAUGUAGACGGACCACUUAAUUUGGUAAUGAAGUCAUCACAGGCACAGUGUCCAAUACCGAAAAUCGAGCAGGCAUUGAACUUCAUCUGUCGCGAGAAAAGAAGUCCCGAAAAAGGUUCGUUUUCUUCGUCUGCAAAGGGACAAGCUCAGGCCAAUUUCACAGGACCUAAUUACAGUCAUCAUUCCCAAAAGGACUACACAGCUCCCAAACCAAGACCCUCUAUGUCCGGCACAAAGCGCAGGCUUUCACUGUUCCAACUCGAUUCAAAUAGCACACAUCUGAUACCAUCCAAGCGCAAUGAAAGUAAUCGAGAAAUUGACAACCAGCAUGACAAAGAAAAUUCAUUGCUUAGAGUAACCGAAUACUGCCUUCAUGACGAUAAUGAAGAGGACGACAAGGACGAUGAGGAUGGCGACGACGGCGUGCAAGGGGAUGCUACCUUUUUGAACGAUUUUUCAAUCUUCGAGUAUUUCGAACCAUACCGCAAUCAAUCUGUUGCUGAUGAAGAUGAUUUGAAAAAUAACGCAACCAAUCAUGACGAAUUUGAUGAAAUGGGCUUUGCUCAACUCGAACGAGAUGCAGCUAACGAUGAGACUCGUGCUAACGUUAUGAAGAAGCUAACAAGCAAGAAAAUGAAGGAGAAAGGUUUAGAAUACAUCCGAACAAAUGGCAUAACUGUACCCGCACGAAAAGUUCAGCAAACUUGCAACUGUAUGAAGCGCAAAUGUCAUGAAAAAUUUAGCGACGAGCUGAGAGAGAAAUUAUUGAAAAAUUUGCUUCUGCUGACACUUUCUGGACAAAAUCAAUUUCUCAGCAACCACGUUACGGUGACGUACGUACAUCGCCAUCGAGUUGUGAAUUCCAGAAGAGUUUUUACAUACAAGUACUAUCUUCCUGGAGACGGUGGUCAGAUUCGCGUGUGCCUGAAAAUGUUUUUGAACACCUUUAACGUAACGGAGAAAAAAAUUCGUGUGCUGGUUUCCAAAAAAGUAAUCGGAAUGGGUAUCGCCGCCGACGACCGACGAUUACUGAAUACGAACCGUUGUCCGAUAAGCAGCGAAGCAAAAACUUACAUUGAGGAUCACAUAAAAUCAUUUCCCGCGUAUUUUUCCCAUUAUACCCGGGAAAAUACCGCUAAGAAAUAUUUAUCUAGUGAUUUGAAUAUUGCUAAAAUGUACGAGUUGUAUGUUUCCAAGUGCAAUGCAGAAGGACGCAAUCCAGUGCACUAUAAUUCAUAUCGGAUUAUCUUCAACGGGUUCAAUCUUGGAUUUCGGAAGCCAAAAGCCGAUACCUGUAAUGAAUGCGAUCGCUUAAAAAUCCUCAUAAAAGUAGGCGAUGAAGGUGAGAAAAUUCAAGCGGAGGAACAUUUGCGCACCCAUCAAGCCCAUGCUAAAUCUAUAUAUGAUUGCAAAAAGCAAGAUGUAACGGAAGCUAAAACGAAUCAAACUACACGCACUGUGUCCUUCGACCUCCAGAAGUGCUUGGCCACUCCAUAUUUGAGAAACGGUCAUGCGUUUUAUAAACGUCAGUUAUAUACCUAUAACUUAACGAUUUUUGAGACGCACCGCGGCAAAAAUAGAGGUUUAUGCUAUAUGUGGGACGAAUCACGUGGCCGUCGAGGAGCAAACGAAAUUGGUUCGUGUCUGUUAGCAGAUCUAACUGGUUUCCUGAACGAAAAUGUCAAUGCCAAGUUAAUCAAUCUGUAUUCUGAUCGCUGUGGAGGCCAAAACUUGAAUUUCAUCAUUUGCAUGACGUUCAGUUACAUUGUAGAACAAUGUAACAAAGACGGUCGAGACGUAACAGUGAGGCACAAAUUUAUGUGCAGCGGCCACAGCCACAUGGAAGUGGAUAGUAUCCAUGGAUCAAUUGAAAGGGCAAAAAAAAUCACUUCCGUAGACAUAGACACACCCAGGGAUUGGGUGAUUUUUAUAGGUCAGAUUCGACGGAAGACUCCAUUAGUCGUCAGAGACCUUGAGCAACGCCAGUUGUUAUCCCUGAAAAGCCUGUCAAGCCGAUACAAAAAGCCACGUUUGAAUUCCGUUGGUCAGCAAAUCAAAUUCAAACAGGUGGCAAUGUUUGAGUAUCGUUCAACUUGUCCUGGAAUUGUGUACUAUAAAACAGAUUUGGCUUCGGAUGAAUACUUCCACUUCAGGAUUUGUGAUACCGAAACGGUUGACGGUGUACCACUGCCACUCUUAAAACCGUCGGAAACCGAGCCUAUUCCGCUACCGUAUGAAAAGCUGCAGGAUCUGAAACAGUUGAUGCCUUAUGUUGGAAACAAAACAUACUACGAGGCUAUGUUGAAAUCCCUAGUCGUGCCCAAACGUGGCCGGAAGGCGAAAUCCGAUGUUGAAGAGGAAAACUUCGACGAUGAUGUUGAUAAAGAAAUUGACGAAGACUGAUAUGUGAAUCGUUAAUCGGGAAGUUGUGAAUUUCAUACAUAUUUGUAAAUCAAUGACUUUAUACUUACAAAAUUUCACUUCAGUAGGAAGAAAAUGUAUAAAAUUGACUAAGAUUCAUUAUAUCAUAUAAGCAAAACGUGUGG